AUGAACCAGUACAAGGUGAGCCCCUCUCGCUCUUCUUGGUGGGGCAUGAUCCAGUAUAUGGUGAGCCCUUCUCACUCGUCUUGGUGGGGCAUGAACCAGUACAAGGUGAGCCCCUCUCGCUCUUCUUGGUGGGGCAUGAUCCAGUACAAGGUUCAGUUAUUGCAAGGCGAUGAGGUAACUGGCGAGGAAGACAUAUCCGUUAUAAUAAACAAGGUGCAGUCGCCGACCAACUCGGCCAGCAACCCGUUCCUGUCCAGCGCGCCCACCAACGGCACCCAGAAGCAGUCGAUCGUCGAGCUGUUCGGACCCUCGCCGGCGGAGGUCCCCACCACCACCACCACGGCCAAGGCAUCGGACGACCUGCUGGCCCUCGGGAACCCGUUCGCGGACAUGUUUUCAGCGUCGCCCCCCGCCCCCGCCGCCCCCGCGGCCCCAGCGGCCCCCGCCCCCCUGUGGGGCGCGAACGGGUUCGCCGCCUUCCCGCCCCCGCAGACGGCGCCGCCCCCCGCCGGCGCCUUCGUGCCGGAGGCGGACUUUGCGAACGUGUUCAGCAGCGGCGGCGACAGCGCAGGUGAGCGACGCGACGGCCCAGGGGCGGCGUUCAAUUUCGACAUGACGAUCAACCCUCUUACAGUUGUCGCCUUA